AUGCGCCACAAUCGCAGUUCCGCCACAGUCCCAGGGCCGCCACCAAAAUCACGGGACCGAAGAGUCACGGGACCACCAAAAUCACGGGGGCCGCCAAAAGCACGGGGGCCGCCAAAAUUCAAAAUCAAGGCGCCGCCAAAAUCACGGGACCGCCAAAAUCGCACACAUGCGCUCCAAAGCGCCACCCGCCGCAACACGCGUCCAAAAUCGGGACCUAAAAUCGGGGCAUUAUCAUCAUGCUCCGGAAACAACGAUCUUCGCCGCAAAGUCCUCGGCCUCCACACUGGGCUUCGCAAAACCGUACCCAGAAGCACUCACCAGUCCCCGCCGCCGCCGAAACCGACCAAAUUAUCGCGCAGCUCCCUCAAGCGCGCCGUCUCCCUCUUCGCAACCAUCUCGACAGCGCCCGACCUCACCGAGUUCCUCCCGCACGUCGACCACAUCGACCGCGUCUCCUCGACCAUUCACAGCGACCCUCUCCGCGGCGCCGUCGACCUCGCGCACGCCUCGGCAGACCAGCUGCGAGCCUCCAAGCCCGCGCUGCGCAGACUGCUCGGCGCCCUUGCCCGGAAUCGCCUGUACAUCGACUGGCAACACGUGUGGCGCGCCAUCGUCCUUGUGCCGACACCGGGUUCGGUUCAACGCCUAUACCUGAAGAGAUGGUGGAAGUGUGAGCCGCGGGUUACUUCUGACCGCGACGGCGAGCUUGAUCUUGCCGACGAGAUUGUGCUCUCGACGAGCGUGCGCGAAGCAACGACGCGGUGUUUGGACAGCACGCCUCUUACUGCUGCCGAGCAGGAAGACUUCCUCCAGCUUAUAAGGAGUCCCUACCCGGGCGUUGGCCUUCUCGUCAACGCGCUUGAAGACUUGAUCCAGACUCGAAUAUUGGAAGACAAAAUGGGAGGAGCGGCGGCAACAUUGGGAGAGGUGCGACCGGUUCUGGUGACUGCGUGCGCAACACACACAUACUGCCGGUCCAAGCGGUGGGAGGCGCUCCUGGAGCAGGUGACAUUGCCGUCGGCGUUGGAGGUUCUGCAGCUGCACCGGCAGCGACAAGAAAAAGCGGAUGAUGCUGUUGGGGCUGGGGAUACAAGUUCGGACACGCUCGUGGCUGGUGGGAAUGCCGACGCGACUGCAGCAAAGGCAGUCUGGGACCAAGAGGACUUGCUCGCCCUUCUCGACCUUCAUGUCCUCCGGGCAGGGAAGUCGAUACGGACAAAGGAGCCCCAGCAGAGAGACGAGGCUAUCGAUGUGUGGGUUGCCGCAGUGCAUACAUACGGCGCCGUAUUGGGCGAUGUCCUUGCGGAUGAAGCACUUAAACGGGCUUUCGACUUCGCCAUGGCUGCGACUGGCAGCGACAGAUCGGCGCUGCUGCUGGAGCAGCUGAAAACCCCGCUAGACGAUGACCAGCUCCAAUAUGCAAUCUCGCCCCUUUACUCGGCACAGGGGAAAAGUGGGCAGUCUCGAAGCCGAGCAAGCGAAGUUAGCAAAACCCAGAAAUGGGGCCACCUCAAGACGGCAUCCAUCCGCUCUGCCUUGCUUCAGGUCUUGCAAGCACAAUCUCCUCCAGGCCCAGGACCCUCCCUAGCGUACUUCCCCGAGCGCGUGCGUGUUAGUGAAGCCCACCGCGUCAUCACAUCCGAGUCCUCCUUCGAGACCCAAUGCCUCUGGAGCACAUUAAUGGCGCCCAUCAACGACAUCCUGCGCCUCCUUGGCAAAGACAUCAGCAUCCACAGCCACCACCCCAUACAGAAGACCAGGCCAGGGGAUUCUAGGAAAACGCCUGACUGGCUUGUCCUCCGCGGAACCGCCGACGAGCUGAACGAUGCGCGGCUUCGCACUGCGAACGAAGACCCAUUUGCAGCCGGUUCUACCAUCCGCGACCAUAUCCUGCUCGUCGGCGAGACCAAGGUCCACGACAAUCGAAUCGCAGGGCGCGGUGGCCUCAUCGCCCCGCACACCCAAGGGUGCCGUCUCGACAACGUAGGCCAGGUGCAGGAGUACGCCGACAUAGCGCGGGUGCGCUUCGGGUUCCUGGUGACGAACCAGGAGCUAGUGCUGCUGCAGUUCUGCGCCGACAGCCAAGAUCACCACCCCCACGGCAUGACGGCGUCCUCACCUGCGUCUUCGGCGGUGCUCGCCAGCCCAGACCGUCUAGCUCUGCAGCAGACGCCGACUGGCACGCCGCGAGUGCGCGGUCUAAUCCGAGAGCACGAGCAAACGCCGGUGGUCCCACAAAGCUCGCCUCUCACGGCUAUCCAGGCGGCCAGGCAGAUGGCCGACGUUGAGCAGGACCGGCGGGAGCUGAGACGCACGCGCGGAGCCGUAUGGGGUGCCGGAAGCCGGAUGGCAGUCACGCCGGAACCCGGUCCGCUUCCGGCAGCGUCGGGGACGCCCGGCACAGACGACGGGACACAUGCGGCGCCGACUGUUCAACAACAUAGCAUCCGUGAUAACGACGACGAGACGUACGACGAUCACGAUACAGAAGCCACUUUUACGUUCCAUCCACCAUACGUUUCCAGCAUUCCGUACAAGGCGUCUCUCUCCAGCAACAUGCCGGCUCCCGCGGCGGCGCUGCUGUACCUGAUUCUAAUGGCGGAUAAGUGUAAGGAUGACGAGGUGCUAAAGCCGCAGCCGAUAGCAAUUCCUUUGUCAUACAAAGCCCACGCUGCUGUCGGCCGUGACCGGCUCUCGUGGUUCUCCGCCCGGCCUAACCUUGCCGUCGUCGACGCUGUCGUACACAAGCUCUUCCGUUGGAGACUGAUCCCCCAGAGAGCCGACAAUGACGACGAGUUUGGAGGGGUCAAGAUUGUCAAGAACAUGAUCAUCAUGGCGAAUGCGGGCUGUUGGCGAGCGACGAAUCUUCCAAGCCAAAAUUGGUCGCUUUUGAGCCACCUUCCAACAUAA